AUGUUGAAUUCUCUUUACGAAUCUCGUUUAGCUACUUUCGACUCAUGGGUUUAUGAUGGCUCUGCCAAUUGUACACGAGAAAAAUUGGCCAAAGCUGGUUUUUAUUGGAUACCUUCCAAAGAAAAGGACUGUGUUCGUUGCUUCAUGUGUAGUAAGGAAUUAGAUGGUUGGGAGCCGGAUGACGAUCCGAUGGCUGAACACAGAUCGCAUUCCUCCGAGUGCCCUUUUCUAUCCAUGAAGCCUUUUGAAGAUAUGACAGUGGAGGAGGCUAUUCAUGCCUAUCUUAUCUGGUUCAAGUAUCUUCUUUCGAGUAAAGAGCAAACAUAUAUAUCAAACUUUACUCUGGCACUUGAUUCAUACAUUGAUGAGUACAAGACUCGUCUUUACUCUUUGUGGGAAAGCGCCUCUUGUGAUGGAAGUCCAAACAGGAAAAAGCGCAAGAAAGGUGCUGCUCAAUCCAAAAAAGCUAAUACUGAUAAACCAGAGUCCCCCAUUCGCCGUACUACACGAGCAAGAACAAAAAGAUAA